AUGGGUUUCAUCGUUUUUCUAAUUUCUUCGCUAGCAGAAUGUGAAAGAUUACCUUUUGAUUUACCAGAAGCAGAAGAAGAAUUAGUAGCUGGUUAUCAAACAGAAUACUCAGUCCGAGCUGCAAGGUACAUUGGUCAAAGUUUCAUGAUUAUCUUAUCUCACGCAAAUCGUUUACCUGUAACUAUUCAAUAUCCUUAUGAAAAAUUAAUCACAUCAGAACGUUUCCGCGGUCGAAUCCAUUUUGAAUUUGAUAAAUGCAUUGCUUGUGAAGUAUGUGUUCGUGUAUGUCCUAUAGAUUUACCCGUUGUUGAUUGGAAAAUGGAAACGGAUAUUAGAAAGAAACGAUUGCUAAAUUACAGUAUUGAUUUCGGAAUCUGUAUUUUUUGUGGUAACUGUAUUGAGUAUUGUCCAACAAAUUGUUUAUCAAUGACUGAAGAAUAUGAACUUUCAACUUAUGAUCGUCAUGAAUUGAAUUAUAAUCAAAUUGCUUUGGGCCGUUUACCAAUGUCAAUAAUUGAUGAUUAUACAAUUCGAACAAUUCAAAUCAAAUAA